GAAAGGAAGGAAAAGAGUAGGCGGGACCAGCAGGGGGCUACAUUUAUAUCUAUGCCCAGGGCUGGGCGCCUGCUCACCAUGGACACUGCCGGGUACAGCAAGUGGGACAGCAGGCUCGAGGAAGUCCCUGGAGGGCACUGGGGACGCUGGGGACGGAGACUCCUCUUCCUGGCCCUGGUGCUGGUGGCAGCCUUAGCCCUGUGGGCCCUCAUUCUGAGCAUCCUAUUUUCUAAGGCCUCCACAGAGCGAGGGGCGCUGUUCGGCCACCAGGACCUGCUGAGGACAAACGCCUCGAAGCAGAAGGCGGCGCUGGGUGUUUUGAACGCGGAGGUCCGAGCCUGCAACAGCUGCUGCUCGGGGACACAGACGCUGCUAGAGAAGGCACGCGCGGAGCUGGGGGAGGCGCAGGCGAAGCUGAUCGAGCAGGAAAGUGCCCUCAAAGAACUGAGCGAUCGCGUGACCCAGAGCUUGGCUGAAGCGAGCAGGGACCGCGAGGACAUCCGCAGUGAGCUCCUCAGGGCUCUGGAGGCCGCCCGGCUGGGGAACAGCUCCUGUGAGGAGUGCCCCGCAUCGUGGCUGCCCUUCCAGGGCUCCUGCUACCUUUUCUCCAUCCUGCGGGCCACGUGGGAGGAGUCGCAGCGCAACUGCGCGGGCUCCGGCGGACAUCUGGUGAUAGUGGGGGACCUGGAGGAGCAGGGCUUCCUGAGUCGGAACACGCGCGGCCGCGGUUACUGGCUGGGCCUGAGGGCCGUGCGCCGCGCGCGCCAGAUCCAGGGCUACCAGUGGGUAGACGGAGUCCCGCUCAGCUUCAGCCACUGGAACCUGGGGGAGCCCAAUGACUCUAUGGGGCGCGAGGACUGCGUGAUGAUGCUACGCACUGGGAUGUGGAACGAUGCACCGUGCGACAAUGAGAGGGACAACUGGAUUUGUGAGAAGAGGCGCAGCUGUUGACCCCGCCCCGUGUCCCGCCCACCGCCCGGCGGGCGGUCCCCUGAGCGGUUCACCUUCCCGGCGCCGCCCACCGCCAUCGAUUUCUUCAUUUUCCCCCAUCCACGGCUACCGAGAGCCAUCCCGCCCAGUCCUGUCAGGUACAGGCCCUGGGACCUCUGCUCCAGCCUCACCGCCGGCCCUCAGGUGGUCAUAACCGAGCCUCCACCCGACCCAAACCGCGGGCGGCCCACUGUCCCCACCUCCCUCCCCGGCCAACACCGGGCAACUCUGGACGAGCUGUUUGGUGUUCUUGCAUUUUUUUCCCCCCAGACUGGGAAGCCUUACAGACGGGGGUUUUGUGAGUUGUCUUCGCAGCCCUUAGGAAGCAUCAAUAAAUGCUUGAGAAAUGAA